AUGUCUGCAGUGUGGCUCAACAACAUGACCUCACCAUUCCUACUCUCUGGUUUCCCAGGCUUCGAGAAGGCACAUCACUGGAUCUGCAUCCCCUUAUUGGUGGCCUACGUCUCCAUAAUUCUUGGAAAUGGAACACUACUCUUUCUGAUUAAGGAUGACCAUAACCUCCACGAGCCCAUGUACUAUUUCUUAGCCAUGUUGGCAGCUACAGACCUUGGAGUGACAUUCACCACAAUGCCCACAGUGCUGGGGGUCCUGUGGUCAAAUCACAGGCAGAUUGGCCAUGCAGCCUGCUUUUCUCAGGCCUACUUCAUCCAUACUCUCUCUAUUGUGGAGUCGGGGGUCUUGCUUGCCAUGGCCUAUGACCGUUUCAUUGCCAUCUGCAAACCCCUGAGAUAUACCUCCAUCCUCACCGACCCGAGGGUGAUGAAGAUCGGAGUGGGCGUAUUGACGAGGGCUGGCCUGUCAAUCAUGCCCAUCAUCAUUCGCCUGCACUGUUUUCCCUACUGUCGAUCUCAUGUGCUCUCCCACGCAUUCUGCCUACACCAAGAUGUCAUCAAGCUAGCCUGUGCUGACAUCACAUUCAAUCGUCUCUAUCCAGUGGUUGUCAUAUUUGCUAUGGGGCUGUUGGACUUUUUCAUCAUCGUUUUCUCCUAUGUGUUGAUUCUCAGGACAGUCAUGGGCAUUGCUUCUAGAACUGAAAGGGCCAAGGCCCUCAACACAUGUGUUUCCCAUGUCUGCUGCAUCCUGGUCUUCUACAUCACUGUGGUUGGGCUGACAUUCAUUCACAGGUUUGGAAAACACAUCCCUCACGUGGUCCACAUCACAAUGAGCUACAUCUACUUCCUUUUCCCUCCUUUUAUGAACCCCGUCAUCUAUAGCAUUAAGACCAAGCAAAUCCGUGUGAGUGUGCUUCGCUUAUUCUCUCUGCCUUCUUCUAGAGCCUGA